GCGUCGUGCGCCAUCUUAUUUCGUGAAAAGAGGCCGUCAAUCGCGCACCUUUGCUGAGUGUUCUACUAUUAAGUCUUAUAAAGAAGAAGCUAAAUCUGAAGCAAUGGCUAAAGCACCUGCGGUAGGUAUUGAUCUGGGUACCACAUACUCGUGUGUGGGUGUCUUCCAACACGGUAAAGUGGAAAUUAUCGCCAAUGACCAGGGCAACAGGACUACGCCCUCAUAUGUUGCGUUCACAGACACCGAACGUCUCAUCGGCGAUGCCGCUAAGAACCAGGUGGCAAUGAACCCUAACAACACCAUUUUCGAUGCUAAACGACUUAUUGGUCGCAAAUUCGAAGAUGCCACCGUACAGGCUGAUAUGAAGCACUGGCCGUUUGAAGUGGUCAGUGAUGGAGGUAAACCAAAGAUUAAGGUAUCAUAUAAAGGCGAAGACAAGACAUUCUUCCCCGAGGAAGUCAGUUCAAUGGUUCUCACAAAGAUGAAGGAAACAGCCGAGGCUUACCUCGGCAAAACGGUGCAAAAUGCAGUAAUUACGGUUCCAGCGUACUUUAAUGACUCACAGCGACAGGCCACAAAAGAUGCGGGUACCAUCUCUGGCUUGAACGUUCUCCGAAUCAUCAAUGAACCGACUGCUGCUGCGAUUGCGUACGGUCUUGACAAAAAGGGAGGUGGAGAACGUAACGUCCUUAUUUUCGAUCUCGGCGGUGGUACUUUCGACGUGUCCAUCCUGACCAUCGAGGAUGGUAUCUUCGAAGUCAAGUCCACAGCCGGUGACACGCACUUGGGAGGCGAAGACUUCGACAACCGUAUGGUUAAUCACUUCGUCCAGGAAUUCAAGAGGAAGUACAAGAAAGACCUUACCACCAACAAGAGGGCGCUCCGUAGGUUGAGAACUGCCUGCGAGAGGGCGAAGAGAACUCUUUCGUCUUCGACCCAGGCCAGUAUUGAAAUCGAUUCUCUCUUCGAGGGUAUCGACUUCUACACCUCGAUUACUAGAGCUCGUUUCGAAGAACUGAACGCUGAUCUGUUCAGGUCCACCAUGGAGCCCGUCGAAAAGUCUCUCAGAGACGCCAAAAUGGACAAAUCUCUCAUCCACGACAUCGUACUUGUCGGUGGAUCCACUCGUAUCCCCAAGGUGCAGAAGCUCCUUCAAGACUUCUUCAACGGCAAGGAGCUUAACAAAUCCAUCAACCCUGACGAGGCCGUCGCUUACGGUGCUGCAGUACAAGCUGCUAUUUUGCACGGCGACAAGUCCGAGGAGGUCCAGGACUUGCUAUUGCUUGACGUCACUCCGCUGUCGCUCGGUAUCGAGACCGCCGGCGGUGUCAUGACCACCUUGAUCAAGCGCAACACGACCAUCCCCACCAAGCAAACUCAAACCUUCACCACAUACUCCGAUAACCAACCCGGCGUACUCAUCCAAGUAUUCGAGGGUGAGCGUGCGAUGACGAAGGACAACAACCUCCUCGGUAAAUUCGAACUGACAGGUAUUCCUCCAGCGCCUCGUGGCGUUCCUCAGAUCGAAGUUACAUUCGAUAUCGACGCAAACGGUAUCUUAAACGUAUCAGCCGUCGAAAAAUCGACCAACAAGGAGAACAAGAUCACCAUUACCAACGACAAGGGUCGUCUCUCCAAGGAAGAAAUCGAGCGCAUGGUCAACGAGGCUGAAAGGUACAGGAAUGAGGACGAAAAACAGAAGGAGACCAUUCAGGCUAAAAACGCCCUCGAGUCUUACUGCUUCAACAUGAAGUCUACAAUGGAGGAUGAGAAGCUCAAGGACAAGAUUACUGACUCCGACAAGCAGACCAUUCUAGACAAAUGCAAUGACACCAUCAAGUGGCUCGACUCGAACCAGCUCGCUGAUAAGGAAGAAUACGAGCACAAACAGAAGGAAUUAGAGGGCAUCUGCAAUCCGAUCAUUACUAAGAUGUACCAGGGUGCAGGAGGAGUCCCCGGAGGCAUGCCAGGCGGUAUGCCAGGUGGUAUGCCGGGCUUCCCUGGCGGAGCGCCCGGAGCCGGUGGCGCAGCCCCCGGUGGCGGUGCCGGACCCACCAUCGAGGAGGUUGAUUAAACACUAAACAUUCCAUAACUUUCACAAUUUAAGAUCUAAUUGCUCUGUGGUGUUGUAACGCCUCUGAAAUUCUAAUGCAAAUAUAAAAAAAAUAAAUUAUA